AUGCCGACUUGCGUCCGACGUCCUCCGCCAUCUGGCCUCGUACAAACCAAGUCACGAGAGCUGGUUUGGGCCGCCCACGAGCCAGACUCGCGGUCGGGCGUCCCCGGCCCACCUUCGCUGCUUCGCAGCCGUGGGGGUUCCCCAGCCCUCACCGGUCUGGGUCUCGUGGCCGACGAGGACAAGCGGGAAGAGGAUAAGUUUUGA